AUGACCAUUGGUCUUGCUCUUCACAAAGACUUUAACAGAAAGCAACCAUUGACAGAUCCUUCAAUAGGGGUUCAUAAUGGCGGACUUGAUAAUGCAGAUGGCAAUUUGAUCAUUUAUGCUGGUUCAAUACUUGGAGAACGUUACUACGUUAAGGAAAUGCUUGGGCAAGGUACUUUUGGACAAGUUGUCAAAUGUGAGGACUUGACAUCAAAGCAAAUUGUUGCUGUCAAAGUGGUAAAGAACAAACCAUCUUAUUUGAGACAAGCACGUAUUGAAAUUGCUAUUCUUGAUGAGCUGGCAAAGUAUGGCUCCAAUGGGUCUCAUCAUAUCAUUACAAAAUUAGGAGAAUUCAAUCACCAAAACCAUCUAUGUAUUGUGAUUGAAAUAUUAGGAAUGAAUCUUUUCGAGUUAAUCAAACAAAACAGAUUCAAAGGCCUUUCUUUGAAUGUUUUAUCGGUCUUUUUAUCACAAUUACUGGAUGCUUUAUGCAUCUUGUCAGAGGCCAAUAUAAUCCAUUGUGAUUUGAAACCAGAAAAUAUUCUGCUGACAGAUCUUUCUCAUCCUAAAGAUCUAGUAAGAUUGAUAGAUUUUGGUUCUGCAUGUCAUGAAAAUGAAAUAGGACCAUUUUACAUUCAAUCAAGAUUUUAUAGAGCUCCAGAGGUUAUUUUCGGACUAAGAUACAAUAAGGCUAUUGACAUGUGGUCUCUUGGAUGCAUUUGUGCUGAACUAUUUCUAGGAUUACCAUUACUUCCUGGUGUAAGCCAGUACAAUCAAGUUGGUAGAAUGAUUGAAAUGUUUGGUAUUCCACCACCAUACAUGAUCGAAUAUGGAAAAUACUCGGCCAAAUAUUUCAAAAUACUUCCUCCCAAUAGAAUGAAUCCUAAUGAUCCAGAUUUACCACUUCAUCAAGAUGGCACUCCUAGCAUGUAUGAAUUGAAGACUGAAAGACAAUUUUUGGCAGAAAAUCCUAAUCAAGCUCCUAUGGAAUGGAAAAGAUAUUUCAACUAUACAAAACUUCCUGAUCUUGUGAAACAUUAUGGAGAUAUUUCCAAGGUUGAUGAGAAGGAAAUGAGAACUAGAGCAUCUUUUAUUGAUUUUCUUAAUGGUUUACUGCAGUUGGAUCCUUACAAGCGAUGGACACCUGACCAAGCUAAAUUGCAUCCAUUUGUUACAGGAAAAGACUUUGUUGAACCUUUCAUUCCUCCACAAACAUCUCAAUAUUUAGCUCACAUUCAAAAUCUUCAACAAUUGCAU